UUUAUUUUCAGCCUGCAACGAUUUUAAACAAUAUUCUUUUCACUUGCACCUACGUUACAGGUGCGACUCACUAUCAACAUAGGAAUACAUCGCAAUUGCUCUUUCCUUUCUGUCGAAGACUCGAAUCGAAAAAGUUCGUCACGACGUUUCAAGCAUUUUCAUCCGAAAUUGAAAGUGCACAUAAACAACGUUAAUUAAGAAUAGUAAAAACGAAGUAAGUUUAAAGCAGCAGCAAAAUGCCUAAAAAUAAGGGAAAAGGAGGUAAAAAUCGUCGUCGUGGAAAGAACGAAAAUGAAUUCGAAAAACGUGAAUUGAUUUUCAAGGAAGAUCAGCAAGAAUAUGCACAAGUCACUAAAAUGCUGGGCAAUGGACGACUUGAGGCGACAUGUUUUGAUGGAGUGAAACGUUUGUGUCACAUUCGGGGGAAACUCAGAAAGAAGGUAUGGAUUAAUCAAGGCGACAUCAUUUUGGUCGGUCUACGUGAUUAUCAGGAUUCAAAAGCUGAUGUUAUCUUAAAAUACACACCAGAUGAGGCGAGAAAUUUGAAAACAUACGGUGAAUUCCCCGAAUCGGUACGCAUCAACGACACAGUUACAUUCGUCGAAGAUGGUUUUGAUGAAGACAUCGAAUUCGGUGAUGAGAUCAGUUCUGAGGAUGAUGCUGAUUCUGUAGACAAUAUAUGAUUAACAAGAAAUAAGCGCGAGUCUUCAAAUCAAAAAGAAGAAGAAUUAAGUAAAAUGAAAAUUUGAAAAGUUUUCAUUUCACAUUAAAAAACAAAACAAAAACAAGAAACAAAAAGCAAAAAAAAUAUUAUAUAUUUAAUUCACUCUUUGAAUAGAAGUAAUUAAUUACAAAGCGAAAACAAUAAAUAUAAAAAUUCAAUAAAACAAGAUAAAACCACA